UUGAUCUGAUCGUUUGCCUUUUUUUUAUUUUGUCUGAUUUCCCACAGCCAACAAUGGAUACUGAAGCCCAAUGAGUACAUUGUGAAUUAAUUUAGCCAUUUUAGCAUAUAUUUAUUAAUAUUGUCUUAUGUGCAUUUUUUUUUAUUGCAGAAAAUCAUAGUUUUGUGUGAUUUGAAGCAACAUCCAACCUGAUGGAUAACAUGUCUUAUCCUGUGAUACUGACUCUCAUGGUGCCCAAAGAAUCUAAAUCAUACAGACAUAUAUACUUCACUUGUUUUUUUAUCAUUUAUCUGCUUAUAUUGUCAAUUAAUAUACGUCUUGUUAUGAUCAUUAUCAUGACAAAAGCACUUCAUGAACCGAUGUACAUAUUCUUGUCUUAUCUGUGUGUAAAUGGGGUUUAUGGAGCCACAGGAUUCUACCCUAAAAUUCUGUCUGAUUUAAUGUUGGAUUCAUAUGUGAUCUCCUCUCUCAUGUGUGCUCUGCAGAUCUUUGUUAUUUACAGCUCUUUACUGAGUGAGUUUACAAUAUUAACAGUGAUGUCUUAUGAUAGAUAUGUAGCCAUAUGCAAACCUUUAGAUUAUCAUUCCAAAAUAACUAACUUCACCUGUGUGAAAUUAAUUCUGUUUUCAUGGAUUCUUCCCAACGGCGUCUCAGCUACAGCAAUCCUGUUAUCAUACUUGAGGCCAUUUUGUAAAUAUCACAUCGAUAAAUUAUAUUGUGACAACUGGUCAGUUGUAAAACUGUCUUGUACAUCAUCUUUUGUGAAUAAUAUCUAUGGAUAUAUUUUUGCUCUUUUAUUUAUUAGCUGUGCAGUUAUUGUCAUAGUGUCCUAUGUUAAGCUGAUCUCUGCAUGUAAAACAUCUUUAGAAAACAGAAGGAAAUUCUGGCAAACGUGUCUGCCACACAUGUUAUCACUGAUAAAUUUCACUUUUGCUUUGCUUUUUGAUAUAACGUAUAGCAGAUAUGGUUCAAAUGACAUUCCAGAGAGUCUGCGUCAUUUUUUGGCUUUAGAGUUAGUUAUAGUCCCUCCUGUUUUUAAUCCUGUAAUGUACGGGUUAAAUAUUAGGACAGUGCGCAGAGUUUUUUUCUCGUGUAUUUCAGCAAGAGUGAAUGUUUUAGAAGCUAAAAAGGCUUAAAUCCUUGAUAGUUACUUGAUGUGCUCUACUGAAACACACAUGCAAAAUGGUGUCAUUUGUUUUAUAAAUUAAUUACAGCAAAAUGUAAGAAAAACAAGCAUGUACAAGCUGUCAAUAUUAUUUUUAUGAACAUUAUUGGGAAUAGAAUCAUAAAACAUUCCAGGAAAAAUAAAUUUGUUAUGCUUUCACUUCUCCCAAAUGCACUUCUCUAAAUGACCAAACAAAUAUAAUUAGAAAAGGCCUGA